GAGGCAUCAAUGCUGACGGUGAUACGGCUUUCUGAGCCCUCAAUGCGACAGAAUUAGCACUUGAUGCAGCGUUGGACCCCCGCCACCGGUGGAGGCAUGUUGAGAGAAACUAUUCUUGAAACUAUGUAUUGCCUUCAGCCACCUUCGCCAUCAUGGAUGUUUCGAGACGUCACUGUGGCAUGCGCAAUGAAGCGUCAGCUUUUUGUAUCCUUCUUUUCGAUCAAUACCACAAUCACUUAUGAUAACGCAGACAGUGUGAGACAUAUAGAAUGGAAUUGAACCAUUCCCAAAAGAUCAUUCUGCCUGUCUCAAUAGUCUUCUUCGUUCUCGGCAGCCUCUUCGUUGGCCUGUAUCUGAGCUCAUGCCUUUUUGUGGUGAAGAAGCUGAGAUUUGCGGACUAUUUAAUGCUACUAGCAUGGCUAUUUGAUUUGGGGUUGGCAGUUUGUAUCUUCCUCGCGAUUGAAAAGGGCUUGGGAUUUCAUGCAAGUGAUAUCAAGCCACAGGAUGAACGCCCUCUCAACAAGGCGGUAUAUGCAUUUGUGGUUUUCUACGUGAGUUGUCAAUGGCUCCAGGCUUACAUCGCGCAUAUUGGUUUACUUUUCUUACAGGACUCAGCGAGCACUUUCGCGAAAAGUUCGAUUUUGAUAUUCUUUCUCUCUCUAUCGCACGACCGGAGAGCUGUCCAUUUAGUGAAUUAUAUGGUGCUUUUGGUGGUCGUUGUUGUGGGCAUAGCCUUGAUACUACAUCAAAUAUUUCGCUGCCAUCCAUUCUCCGCCGCAUUUAGGUUUGAAACUGAAAAGCAGGGCAGACACUGUGAAAGCAUCUUUGUUGAAUUCCUCGCCUCGUCUCCAUACAAUAUCAUUACAGACCUGGCAAUCUUACUCGUUCCUAUACCUCUCUUGACUCGGAUGACCUUACCUUUCCGGCAAAAGGUGAUACUAGUAAUCACAUUUGGUGCUGCCAUUUUGGUGAUUGUCGUCGAUUUGAUUCGCAUAGCUUUCCUCGAGCAUAGCGCUCUGAUCAGGGUCCGAGAACACCACGCCGUUAAUGUAGGGAAAAUCCGUGAUGUCGACUACACAUGGAUAUUUCCAUAUUCAUUCAUGUGGUCCACUCUAGAGGUUAACAUGACAUUGAUUUGCGCCUGUGUCCCAACCCUGAAACCCCUCGCUGCUAAGCUUAGUCCAUCUUUGCUUCGGAACCCUCGGGAAAAACGCCAAAUUGACGAAGGGACGUUGGAAAAAUCACAACGAGACUUUGAGACAAGCGAGACUGUUGCCGGCGAGAUGAUGGAUGUCGUCACAUCUCGCUCGGUGGCAGGAGCAAGAGUUGAGCAGGGCUCAAAGAGAGGUUUCAUUGAUCCAUCUCAGGACGAAGACGAGCCACCAAUCAUCAACUUGCUCAACAAGAUACCGGCAUCAAUGCCAAGGCUUAACAAUAAGCAGUCUCUCGCCCCUAAUAUGCUAGCCACUACGCUUUUCUUCCUCUGGGGGUUUUCAUUGGGCCUUAUAAGCGUUCUCAAUCUCAGUUUUGGCACUGUCGUCGAACUAAGCCCAGUGCAAGUCAGGGGUAUUCAUGCAGCAUAUUUUGGAGGUUAUAUGGCAGGCGCGAUCCUGUUUGGUCGACUAUUCCUGAGGAGAUUGGGGUUUGCAGGUACUAUUAUUGCCGGCCUAUAUAUAUUUGCUUGUGGUGCUCUCCUUUUCUGGCCAUCAGCGGUUUUAGGAUCUUUGCCAACCUUUAUUAUAUCUAAUAUUACAAUCGCUGUUGGAUUGGCUCAACUAGAAACAGAUGCAAAUCUUUUUAUAUCCAUCUGUGGACCGCUUGAGUUUGCAGAGAUACGACUGUCUGUUGCGCAAUCCUUUCAGGGCCUCGGUAAUACCUGUGCCAUGCAACUUGCUGAGAGGGCUUUAUUUAAGAAUCCCAAGGAUGCAGCAGCAGUUGUAAAUGCACAAUGGACAUAUUUAGUCGUUGCCUUUGUUGCUGUGCUUCUCUCGAUCCUCUUUUACUAUCUGCCAUUACCAGAAGCCCCGAAUGACGAUCUAAGGCAGUUGGCGGCCCAACGGCCAGAAAACGGUGCCAAAAUUUGGGGGUUACGGACCAGCAAUGUUACUUUUAUAUUGGGAGCUUGGUCGAUGUUCUUCUACGUGGCAGGGCAAGAGGCACACGCUGUCAACUUUAAGAACUAUGUGAGUUCUUCUCACCCAAGGUCAAGUCUCAGCCCGCAAAAUCUGGAAGCUGUCGGAUAUACAGCAUGGACCGUUGGGCGUCUACUAGCGGCAUUAAUUAUGUGGCGACUAUUGAAGCCUCGGCAGAUGCUGCUUAUCUUGUAUGUUGGCAUAAUAGUCCUUGGAGUUUUUUGCCUGCACACAACCGGCCUCACUGCUGCUGUCAUGGCCACACUGGAGUACCUUUUCUCAGGUGGCAUAUUCCCAAUUAUAUUCGCGAUUUCAGUUCGCGGGACAGCACAACAUGCAAAGACAGCUGCUUCUCUGUUAGCUGCAGGGAUUGGUGGUGGUGCAUGGGGCCCCUUUCCACAAUACCAAGCCGCUCUGAGUCACGGCCAACCGUGGUCCUAUAGCGUUAUGAUUUCGCUUUGGAGUGCGGGUACCUUAUUUGCAAUUUAUUUAAACUUUGUUCCUCAGGCAAGGAAGCAAGUUGAUCCUGUAAAGGACGAUUAUAUUAAAGAGAAGGAGUAGUGCCAUUGCUACGCUUGUUGUUACGGCCCAGUCGCGGCCUCGAGGCUGGAGCCUCGACCCAGUGGCUAGCAAAGCCCCAAAAAGCGAGACGAGGUCCAGAUGCAUCUUUUGGUGAGAAUGAGGUGCUUAACUACGACAUCCUGGCUAUCCAGGAACCCUACAUCAACAAACGUACAGACCCCCUUACAACGUACUCACUAGCCCUCAAGGGCCAGUUCCAUAUCUUACUACAGCCGACGCCACGAAAAGACUACAAUAUUUGACCACGCGUCUGUUUCUAUGUGAACAGAAAGCUAGAUUCAGCUACGUGGGAGAUCCGAUAUCACGACAGAGAUCUGAGCACGGUAACCCUCCAUACAGCUACCCACGGCACAAUAUAGAUUCAUAACGUUUACAACCCAAGGCUAGCUAGUGGUAAAAAUUCCAUACUAGGCACCCUUCGCAGGCAGAUAACAUUGGGCGCUUAACAUACUGUACUUGAAGACUUCAAUUUACACUAUCCACUUUAGGCAGGCACGCACUACAGGCAGGUUGACAACCAAGCUAUAGAGCUAAUUAAUCUCAUGGAUAAAUAUGGA